AUUGCACCUGUCAACCUAGAUGUCUCACUGAUCGCUUUCUUUUUCGCGUAAAUGAAGUUAUCGUAAGCGUGGCUAAUCAGGGCACUAAAAGAAAGAUGAGCAGCUCAGAGGAAGUUUCGUGGAUUUCAUGGUUUUGCGGGCUAAGAGGAAACGAAUACUUCUGCGAAGUUGAUGAAGACUAUAUACAGGAUAAAUUCAAUUUGACUGGCUUAAAUGAGCAGGUGCCCCAUUAUAGACAGGCCUUGGAUAUGAUAUUAGACUUAGAACCAGAUGAUGAGUUAGAAGAUAACCCGAAUCAAUCCGAUCUGAUAGAACAAGCAGCCGAGAUGCUUUACGGACUAAUACACGCGAGGUACAUUUUAACUAAUCGAGGUAUUGCUCAGAUGAUUGAAAAGUACCAGGUUGGAGAUUUCGGUUAUUGUCCUCGGGUGUAUUGUGAAUCACAACCUAUGUUACCAGUUGGCCUUUCAGAUGUUGCCGGUGAGGCAAUGGUAAAAAACUACUGUCCAAAAUGCAUGGACGUCUACACACCAAAAUCCUCAAGACAUCAUCACACAGAUGGCGCGUAUUUCGGCACCGGGUUUCCACACAUGCUCUUUAUGGUCCAUCCAGAAUAUAGACCCAAACGGUCUGCGAACCAGUUCAUUCCUAGAUUAUUCGGCUUCAAAAUCCAUCCAUUAGCGUACCAACUUCAGCAGCAAGCAGCUUCAACAUUUAAAGUACCACUUAGAACCCUAACCAUAAAUAAUGGAAAACGCUAAAGUCGAUCGAGACCCACAUGGAUAAAAUCUCUUGUAAUUUCAAACAAAAUAAUAAACCGUUAGUUUUGAUGGA